AUGGAAAAGAAUAGUCCCGAGUUGUCUGUUUACUACUAUGCUGAGAACAAAAGUACACACACGGCAUACCCUGAUGGGUUGGAAAUACUGCAAUUUUCUAAUGAGCAAACAGAGAAGCUGUACCCAGAUGGUACCAAGGAGAUCACAUUCCCUGACCAGACUGUCAAAUACAUCUUUCCAAAUGGCUCUGAGGAGAGUAUUUUCCCGGACGGCACAGUGAUACGACUGGAGAAGAAUGGGAAUAAAACUAUGGAGUUCCCGAAUGGGCAGCGGGAAAUACACACACAGGAGUACAAGAGUCGGGAAUACCCAGACGGCACAGUUAAGACAGUUUACCCGGACGGGCGCCAGGAAACGCGUUACUCUAAUGGGAGAUUAAGGGUGAAGGACAAUGAUGGCAAUAUCGUGGUGGACAGGCUGUGCUGA